AGCUAACAGCCGUGUAGCAUGUCAGUUGGUGUCAACAUUAUUUCUAGGUUUGUGUUCGUGUUAUAUUAAAGUAUUUCCUUUUACACGGUAACAAUGACACACGAGGAAGACGUCAGCCGUCAGUUUUACACGUGCAGCUGUUUCACCACGGAUAACAUCUUCCUGGAGGACUACAAGCUGCAUGUCCGCUUCGAGUGCGAGCAGCAGUUCAGACUGGACUAUCAAACUGUGCUCAGGAGGCUCGGGUGCGUGACGGACACACAGCUUGAGGACGUGUUCAACAAGAUCUCACAGGAAGUGGACCGGCGAAGGCGUUUAGGUGCGACGUCUGCUGAGAGAGCUGCUGCUAUAAAAGACACGUACCUGCCUCUUCAUCCUCAUGUCUACCACCUGCAGGAGUCCUACCUCACACCGAAGUUCAAGCAGAUUGUUGAGUUCUGUCGAGGCAGCGACAUCAGGGAAGGAGGUCUCGGAGACUUGCUGAAGGAAGAAGCAGCUGCACGCGUGUUCCGCUUCCCUGUGUUUGAGAAGAGGUUCUGCGAGCAGCUGGUGGAGGAGCUGGAGCACUUUGAGCGGUCCCCCGCCCCCAAAGGACGACCCAACACCAUGAACCACUACGGGAUCCUCCUGAAUGAACUGGGCUUUGACGAGGGCUUCAUCACGCCGCUCCGUCAGCGCUACCUGAACCCGCUCACCUCCCUGCUGUACCCGGACUGUGGGGGGGGCCAUCUUGACAGCCACAAGGCCUUCGUGGUUAAAUACGACAUGAACGAAGACCUGGACCUGAGCUACCAUUACGACAACGCAGAGGUCACGCUUAACGUUUCCCUCGGCAAGGACUUCACAGAGGGGAACCUUUAUUUUGGUGAUAUGAGACAGGUGCCUUUAAGUGAGAUGGAGUGCUCGGAGGUUGAGCACAGGGUGACCGAGGGCCUCCUCCACCGGGGCCAACACAUGCACGGGGCCCUGCCCAUCUCCUCCGGCCAGCGCUGGAACCUCAUCAUCUGGAUGAGAGCGUCCCAGGAGCGCAACAAACUGUGUCCCAUGUGCAACAGGAGGCCGACGCUGGAAGAAGGGGACGGCUUUGCUGACGGCUUCACCAAACACUCCGACGCACCGCUGAACACUUUGUGUGUGUUGACGUGACGCAUCCUGCUGCCAUCAGACGUUCAUUAAGCCGAUGUGUGCAGGAUUUCAAAUCUGCUGCUUUGGCGCCCCCUGGUGGUCGUAUGAAGACUGGCAGACAGCGAUGCAGCGACUACCUCCGAUUAGAGGAGGCACGAUCAUCCAACAACCGAGAGCCGUUCCCGUUAGUUAUUUACACAAUGAACCAACUGCGGUCACUCAAUCCACACUUUGGAAAGCCGCCACUUAAAAUCGCUGGAUUGUAAAAGAAGAAACUGGGAAUUAAUUCCGACACAUUUUGACUGUAUUCCAAAUUGGAAUGAUAAAUAUUUAUUGAUUGUAAUAAUAAUAAUAAUAAUAAUAAUAAUAAUAAUAGUUCUAUACUUCUGUGUCCUACAGGUUCAUUGUGACGUCCCACUUUGUGACGAGUAUAUUUAUCGUCUCAAACAUCAGUCCAAUAAUAUCUCGUAUUUAUAUUGUAUGAUUGUAUUUUGUGCCAAAUAAUAAAACAAAGAUGAACUCGCUGACAGCAUCUUUUAUUAGUGUGUAAACAUCGGGAUCAUUUUAUAUAAAGUGGCACUACAGUGGUCCCAACAUUCCUGCUGCUGCUUCGUGCUGUUCCAUGGACCAACAGUCGGAGGCGGAAGAAGACUGAC